UUCCAUCAAAUUGUGUGAAGUUUGCAGUUUCGGGUUUAUAUCAGGAAAUAAAGUCGUAAUUAAACACGUAUUUACUUUAUUAUUUAUUAUUCCGUACCACAUUAAUACAGCAAAAUGUUGUAUCUGGAAGAUUACUUGGAAAUGAUCGAGCACCUACCUCAGGAAUUACGGGACAGGUUUACAGAAAUGCGAGAGUUAGACUUAACAGUGCAAAAUAACAUGGAUGAGUUAGAAAAGCGGGUGAAAAUUUUUUUCAAUGAUUGUAAGCGCUAUCCCGGUGAAUUACCGCCUGCCAUUCAAGUCGAGUUCGAAGCUGUGAAAAAAGAGUACAAAAAGACGCUCGAGGACGCAGAUGAGAAGGUGCACCUCGCUAAUCAAAUGUUUGAACUAGUUGAUAAAUACCUGCGCCGGCUUGACACAGAACUACAUAAAUUUAAAUGCGAACUAGAGGCAGACAAUAAGGGCAUAACUGAAGUUCUAGAAAAGCGGUCACUGGAGUUAGACACUCCAGUUAAUUCAACAAAUUCAUCCCAACAACAAAAAGAAAAUAGAUACGAAAGUUCUAGCAGCUUUAGAUAUCGACAAAGAAGCGAAAAAAGACGGGAUAGUAGUAACUCUUUGCAGACCUCAUUUGCCGAAAAAAGACAAGCUGUUGCCCCCAUACCUCUCGUCGAGACCCGGCAUAGUUCAAUAGGCCAAUCAACGCCCCCAGCUCAGUCUAACGUUACUUAUAAUUUGGGGCACAUAGGCGCGGGGCCUGCCAUUGCGGCUGCGGCCUCACAGGCCAUCGCUGCCACUCAACAGAUGCAACAAGGCAGGAGGACAGCAAGUCUUAAGGCCUCGUAUGAGGCGAUAAAUACAGGAAGCCAUGGUCAUGAGUUUAGUAUCGGGCGCGAGUUGGCUGGGGCGGCGCAAACGGCCAUUCAAGCCAUCCAACAGGACCAUGCCAAUAACAAGAAGAAGCAAAAGAAAUGGUCAGGUGGUAGUGCUAGCGCACCUUCGGCGUCAACAACAGUUCAACAAAUAUUAAAUGCUCCGCUUGCUAGUGCCGCCCCUGAAUCACCGUCAAUAGAUGUGUCUUCACAAAGCGCGGAAGUAACAGAUGGGGAGUGGACUUAUGACCCCAACGAGCCUAGAUAUUGUCUCUGUAAUCAGGUUUCUUACGGAGAUAUGGUCGCUUGUGAUAAUGAAGACUGUCCAACUGAAUGGUUUCAUUACCCAUGUGUUGGUAUUACUGCACCGCCAAAAGGCAAGUGGUAUUGUCCACAGUGUUUAGCGUCAAUGAAACGUAGAGGGAGCCGAAAAAAUUGAAUGUGUUGAUAGAGAGUUUAAAAAGGCUUGUAACAAUUUCUCGGAGGCGGGAGAAAAGAAUCAGAAAUGAGUGAGCUUGUGCAGGAGAAAAUGUUAGGGAAAUUCGAGAUUAUUUAAUCUGUUUUUUCCACAGAAACGGAAUAGUUGUAAAAAUAAAAGUAUUCAACUGUCAUUGUGUUUUUAUUGUGAUUAAUGAUUUCCUAUUUAAUAUUAAGAUCUUGUGUAAUUAUGAAAAUGUAAUAUUUAUGUAUGCUCAACUUUUUACUCUUAAAUAGUAUUGUAAACCGAUUUAUUACGCUUAUAAAUUAUAAAACUUGAACAAGAA